AUGCUUUGUUUACGCUUGCUCGGAUCAGCGAUUGCCUUCACCAGCGUCGUCAAAGCCCAAGUUAAUCUAGGGACCGCCUUGUCAUUUGCAGUCCUGGGUGGAUCCGCCGUAACCAACACCGGUCCUUCGAUAAUCAGUGGCAACGUUGGUGUCUAUCCUGGGUCAGCCAUAUCAGGCUUUCCUCCCGGCAUAGUCGUCAACGGAGUGAUCCAUAUGACAGAUGCAGUUGCAGCGCAGGCACAGGCAGAUGUGACAACCGCUUACAAUGUAGCAGCUGGUUUACCGCCUAACACUGACCUGACUGGUCAGGACCUGGGCGGUAUGACGCUUGUUGCAGGUGUCUAUUCCUUCUCUACCAGUGCGCAGCUUACCGGUGCUCUCGUACUUGACGGCCAAGGCGACUCAAGUAGUGUCUGGGUUUUCCAAAUAGGCUCAACACUGACCACGGCAACCGCUUCUUCUGUAAUUCUUAUCGGCGGCGCCUCGCCCUGCAACGUCUUCUGGCAGGUGGGCAGCUCAGCUACCAUUGGUACCACCACUACUUUUGUUGGCAACGUGCUGGCGCUCACAUCUAUCACUUUGGUCACUGGUGCAACUACAGUGAGCGCCGCUUUUGAAAAGCCAGCACUUUGCAAGGACUGUGGUACUCUCACUGCCAACAGCGGUGCGCAUACGAAGUCUUCCAGUAAGCUGUGUCCGACCUAUUCUCACGAGGCAAUCCCAGUAUCGCAGGUAGACGAACCAGCGUCGGAAAGCACGGCCUACUUUCAGCAGAACGAGACUCUUGUAUCUAUGCCAGCAGUUUCCAAAAGCCCGCUGCCUUAUUUUUUCUUCUGA